AUGCUGCGGCCGGCUCGGGCCCCCUGGCGCGCGCGCGCCCUGCUCGGGCCCCCGGGGAGUGCGGCGCCGCGCGCCGGGCCCAGGCCCGGGUCCACGCGGAGCCCCGCGGAGCGCGGCGGGCAGGGCCCCGGGCUGCGCACCCGGCUGCUGGUCACGGCCGCGCUGGGGGCCGGGCUGGGCGGGGCCUGGCUGGCGGCGCGCGCCGAGAAGGAGCGGCGGCGGCAGCGGGAGCGCACCGAGGCGCUGCGCCGGGCGGCCGUCGGCCAGGGCGACUUCAGCCUGGUGGACCACCGGGGCCGCGCGCGCUGCAAAGCCGACUUCCGCGGCCAGUGGGUGCUCCUGUACUUCGGCUUCACGCACUGCCCGGACAUCUGCCCCGACGAGCUGGACAAGCUGGUGCGCGCGGUGCGGCGGCUGGAGGCGGAGCCCGGGCUGCCCCCCGUGCAGCCCGUCUUCGUCACCGUGGACCCCGAGCGCGACGACCCGGCGGCCAUGGCGCGCUACGUGCGGGACUUCCACCCGCGGCUGCUGGGCCUGACGGGCUCGGCCGAGGAGGUGGCCCGCGUGAGCCGCAGCUACCGCGUGUACUACCAGGCGGGCCCCCGCGACGCGGACCAGGACUACAUCGUGGACCACUCGGUCGCCAUCUACCUGCUCAGCCCCGACGGCCUCUUCACGGACUACUACGGCCGGGCCCGGUCGGCCGAGCAGAUCGCGGACAGCGUGCGGCGCCACAUGGCUGCUUUCCGCAGCGUCCUCCCCUGAGCCGCUCAUUAAAGGUGUGGCAGAGCACACGUGUCCCCCGCACCGCCGAGCUGUGACGUCAGCACUUUAUUGGGCUG